CAUUUUGGGCUCGCAAACUUUUAGCUUUCCUUCAACAACCCCUUUUGGAUCUUUUCCUUCUAUUUGGAUCCUUUCUUUCUUUUCCAACCUAACUCGCCAUCUGCUCUUCUGAGUCCAACUUUUCCUUUUUUUCACCACUUGUUCUCCACUCUUCCUCAUUUUCCUCGUGGGAGGCUUUUUGAGGCUAUGCUGUCCUCACCCACUGUCAUCCUCCAACCUUAUGGACUGCCGGUCUAUCCGCAGACUACCACAUGCUACCCCGGCAUAGUACAGGGGGGCCCCACUCAGGAGGCAGGCCCCGGCGGCGCCGACCCCGCCCUGCCUCAAGUUUACGCCGCUGCCCCCUCCUACCCAGCCCCGGGUCAAGGGCCCCCGACGUCCGCUGGAAGGCUGCUGGAUUUUAGCUCGGCGCACCCGAGUUCCGAGUACCCCGAACACGCCCAGCUCAGGGUGUAUCAGGGCCCUCAGCUGGAGGGGGCCGAGCCUCUGGCGACCAUCAACACGGAGGAAGCAUUGGCCCCCGUGACCUCAGACCCCCAAGCUCUGAGCGCAUCUGUGACAUCUGGCGGCAGCGGGGGGAAUGGGAGUGAUGACGAGGGGUCCGGUAAGGCCCAGCCUAAACGCCUCCACGUUUCAAACAUCCCAUUUCGCUUCCGGGACCCUGACCUCCGGCAGAUGUUUGGGCAAUUUGGAAAGAUCCUGGAUGUAGAGAUUAUCUUCAAUGAAAGGGGGUCAAAGGGAUUUGGGUUCGUCACUUUCGAGAGCGCAGCCGAGGCUGACCGAGCACGAGAGAAACUGAAUGGCACAAUUGUGGAAGGGAGGAAGAUUGAGGUCAAUAAUGCCACUGCAAGGGUAGUUACCAAAAAGCCACAAACACCGCUUGUGAAUGGUGACCUUUCAACUUCUGGGUGGAAAAUCAACCCUGUCAUGGGAGCCAUGUACGCACCGGAACUUUACACGGUCGCCGGUUUCCCGUACCCGGUGGCGGCGCCCGCUCUGGCCUACCGCGGCUCAGCGCUGAGGGGUCGGGGUCGGACCGUCUAUAACGCCAUCCGCUCCGCGGCCGCCACUCCCGCUGCUGUGCCCGCCUACCCCGGGGUUCUGUAUCAGGAUGGUCUCUAUGGAGCAGAAGUCUAUGGAGGUUAUCCUGCUGCGUACAGGGUGGCUCAGUCAGCAUCUGCUGCUGCUGCAACAUACAGUGACGGAUAUGGCCGCGUGUACACCACAGCCGCAGACCCCUAUCACCACUCGGUGGGACCAACAACCACAUAUGGCGUUGGUACUGUGGCCAGUUUGUACAGAGGAGGAUACAACCGCUUCACUCCCUACUGAUGCGAGCCACUGUGACCUGGAUGCUGCACACAGGAAGUGACUGGACAGACCUGAAGUUGUAAAUAUUGUGUACUAUACUGUUCUCCAUGCCAACUCAUGCCCAGCACACGCAUUGCAUUAUUAUACAAGUGAACUUCAAAGGAGGACUCAUGUUGCUAGAACACCGCUUUGGGAGAUAUCCGGAUCUUUUUUUCACAGGUCAAACUGUACAACAUUUUCACACGUUUGGAUGAUGUCUCUAUUUAAGUGUGUGUGUUGUGUGUGUGUGUGUGACACAAGUGUGACACUGCUUUCACAAUGACUUUUUGGCCCCUUGCAGAGUUGACUGGAUUUGAUUUUUGACUGGAUAUUUUUUUCCCCCAACAAACUACCUCUUUUCUUUUAGCUUUUCUUUCUGAUCUCGCUG